AUGGUCAGAGCUGGGUGGGAGAUCAAGGCUGAAAAAUGCCAAACGAUUAUGCAAAACUCUUUGAAUCCUGCAUGGUUGUUGCCCCCAGAGGAGUUACCCCCAGCGGAUCAACUCGACGUCUCCUCUUUUGCAGACACAUGCAAACUCCUUACUCCACGGGAGCUCGAAAUCACCAAGUGCGAUGCCACUGGCCUCGUCCGUCAAAUGGCAGCGGGAUCUCUCACUGCGGUGGAGACUGUCACCGCAUUUCUGAAGCGCGCCCAUGUCGGUCAACAGUUACUGAACUUCGCCACGGAAUUCAUGGUAGAAGAAGCCCUGGCUCGCGCCGCAGAGCUGGACGCCCAUUUCCAAACUACCGGCCAACUCGUUGGACCUCUGCACGGCGUUCCUAUUUCCGUGAAGGAGCAUGUCGGCUUGAAAGGCCGAAUUUGCCAUUCCUGCUACGUUGCCUGGAUUGACAAUAUUCCUGAAGAAGAUGCACUGCUGGUCAGGUUGCUAAAAGCAGCCGGUGCCGUGAUCCAUGUCAGAACCAAUCAACCACAAAGCCUGAUGCAUAUUGACUGCAGCAAUGUCAUUUACGGCACGACCGUCAAUCCAUACAACCGAAAACUGACCUCAGGAGGUUCCAGUGGCGGUGAAGGCGCGUCGCUCGGAUUUCGUUGCGCUGCCAUUGGUAUUGGUACUGAUAUUGGAGGCUCUGUCAGGGUACCAGCAGCAUUCUGCGGUGCGUAUGGUCUUCGCACAACUGCCCUCAGAAAUCCUUACAAAGGUGUCUAUCUGGCCGGCGACGGGCAAGAGAGUAUUCGUUGUGUGAUCUCCCCGCUUGCCAAUAGCACCGCAGACCUGAAUUUGGUGGAAAAGGCCAUCCUGGACCAAGAACCCUGGGAAGAAGAGACAUCCCUGGUGCCUUUGCCGUGGAAGAGUAUUUCUCCCAUCAAACCCGAGCAAGUGACGGUCGGUAUCAUCUGGGAUGACGGGGUUGUCCACCCACACCCACCCGUCACUCGCGCUCUCAAACACGCCGUCUCCAAGUUACAGGCGGCAGGUGUCAAAGUGAUUGAUUUCGAGCCCUAUGAGCACCAGAGGGGAUGGGACAUCCUUUCUGCACUGUACUUCCCCGAUGCGGCCGGUUUCCAGAAGGACCUCCUAGCAAAGGGAGGAGAGCCCGUUGCCCCACUGACGGAAUGGGCAUUCAGCGUGGCGAGACCAGAACCCAUCACCGUGGUCGAGAACUGGGAUUUGAACGUUCAGCGUGAAGCUUAUCGUGCAGACUACCAUCGCGUUAUGAAAGAGCGAGGCGUCGAUUUUAUCCUCUGCCCCGCUUAUGUUGGCGUGGCUGCAGAGCUGGCUGCAGGCCAGUACUGGCUUUAUACUGCCAUUUGGAACAUCCUCGAUCAACCUGCCGUCACUUUCCCGUCGGGCUUGAAACUCGAUCCCGAAUUAGAUAAGAUUGAGACAAAUUACAAGCCACGGUCCGAGCAGGAUGAGCGGGAAUACAAGAAAUAUGCACCUGAGAAAUAUUUGAAUGCCCCAAUUGCUCUGCAAGUGACGCAAGUCUUCAUGCUCAAGACGAAACUUCGCACCAAAACGGGUUGUUGGACUUGUAAGAAGCGGCGGUUGAAAUGCAAUGAGGAAAGACCAUGUUGCCACAACUGCUACAGCAGCCACCGCCAGUGUGAAUGGCCCUCUGAAAGUGAUCUUUACGACCGACGGCAUCGCCCGCGGCCUGACCAGGCCAUUUCAUCGACCUCUCACAGGCAAGCCAACCACUGUCGCAAGAAUGAUCACUCUGAAUCUGAAUCCGAGGAGAUAACAUCGCCAUCACCGUCCCGUCAACACAUGUCUAUUCGCUCGAACCCAACCGUUCAGACUACCAUACGAUCAGAUCUCGAAUUCGCACUCCUUCGAUACUAUCACGACAGUUUUCUUUCCGUCAUCCUUCUCCCGAAUUCUUUAUCAGGCUACAACGCCGAGUACCAAUGCCAUGUGACCAAGCUGAUGCUGCACUGUGACAGCGUCAAGAACGCCGUUCUGGCUUGCUGUGCCUCCAAUAAGUACAUGUUGACUCGUGAUGAUCGGUUUCAGAAAACUUCUUUCACGUACUACCUUCAAGCGCUGGAAGAGGUUAGCCAUGCUCUCAUCGGACUGGACUCGACCCGCGAUAGCCCUGGAGAUGCCCUAUUGACGACGGUCAUAUACAUGUACAUCUAUGCGCUCUGGGGUCCUGACACAGCCAAUCAUGCUUCGAAGCACGUUGCUGGGGCCAUGCAGUUGUUGAAGCUACGAUACGCCAAUUCUUCCUCGCCACUAUGUAUGGAUCGGCCCUUUGACCGCAUCACGGCAGAAAGUGUGCUCUAUCAGGCCUUCCUCCUGUCUUUCCGACACCCAUUCGCCAUUAAUUUUCAGAUCGAUCACCAUUUCUUGGCUCAAACGGAGAACAUCCUCGAGUCGUUACCGUCGUUGGAUGAUUCGGCCGCCGCGAGCAGCCCGGUCUUGGGCGCGCCUUUACCACUCUAUCGACUAAUUCUGAGAGUGAUACAGUUGUACAACUCGCCACAUCGGACCGAUCCGGAGAUCGUACUAGAAUUGAAGAAGGAACUGAUCUUCUGGGAAGCGACGGUAUUCGAAUUGGAUGAAAGCGAACCAUCAAGUCAUGAUACUUCACCAUUGCCCUCCUUAAUAGCACCAGUCAUGAAGCUCUACAUUCUCGCCGUGUCUCUCCUCCUAGACUGGAUCAUCGCCGAGAUACCAGAAUCAAAACAGAGUAUCAACGACCUUCUUUCUCUCUUCGGCCGCGGUAUUGUACCCACAUCCACAUCGCCACAACCGUGGCAACUCCUUCAUGCCCUCUUUAUUCUUCGGCUUCCUAGCACGCACGAAAACUGGACGCGUUGCUACUUGGGAUCCUGGCCGUUGCUGAUUUUCGGGUACGCUGUGGAUACCGACGAGGAUAUCAGGGUCAUCAAAGAAAUCUUGCGCUGCAUGCGCCAUCGCAUGGGCUAUGGGGAGAUUGAGAGAAUAUUGCGCGAAUUAGAAUGCGUCUGGUGUGAAAGGCGAGGAAAGAAUCACCUCGGCGUGGAGGAAUUGCAGCCGUCACACUGGUUGGCAUGA